GAGACACAGAGAGAGAUAGAGAGAGAUGGAGGGGGAAAACAGCAGAUGAGGGUUGCUGGGGUUUUCCACCGUGUUGGAUCAGAAAAGACAUGAGAAGUAGGUAAGACAGAGUGAGAGGGGGAAACACAUGUAGUCACGGAGAGAGAUCAGACAGCAGGAAGAGAGCGGAGACAGAAGAACGUGAGUGCUGAAUGAGUGAACAGCAGAAGAGAGAUUUCAGUGAGCGGAGACAAGUUAAACAUCAGAGGUCUGGAGCAGGCUUAGAGUGUGGAGGCAGACAUUAGACAUUUUACACACAGGAGGGGGACCAGUGAUGAACUGCUCGAGUGAGGACAAGUACCUAAAAGGUGUAAGAUGCUGUGAUCGCUGUUCUGCAGGGACGUAUGUGCAGGCUGAUUGUGACGGCACAAGAGUGACCCAGUGUGAUAAAUGUCGACAUGGGUUUUACACGGCCACGAAAAAUCACUUAACAAAAUGCCAUCCCUGCAAAGAGUGCAGUUCCAAAAACAACCAGAGGAAAUCCAAAAACUGUUCAGCUUCAGAGGACACGGAGUGUGAGUGUGAGACUGGUUUCUACUGUAGUAAUGACCAGUGUGACCACUGCCAGCCAGUGACCCAGUGUCCUGCGGGUGAAGGAGUGCAGGUUCUAGCCAAUCGCACCAGUGAUACCAUCUGUGCUCCGUGUGAGGAGGGGACCUACAGCAACGUAACAGAUUUCAUCUCACGCUGUAAAACACACACCAGAUGCGCGGACUUAGGCAGAGAGCUCACAAUUCAGGGAACCAAAACAACCAAUUCCAUCUGCGGUGAUGGUUUACCUCGUUGUUCCUGGAUGCUGCCCGCAGGCCUGUGGUCAGGACUUGUGUUGACAGCACUUGUCCUUCUCGCUGUUGUCGUCUGGAGGGCAAAGCGCAGAGCAGUGAAAGUCAGGUCCAGUGUUCCUGUUACGGCAGAGGUGGUUCCCGUAGCACUGGUGACGUUGCCGGAUCAGUCUUUACCGUCCACAGAGCCGAACGGCUACUGCCAAGAGAGCUGUGCCAUGGAGGAAUGCAAGUUAACACUUAUCAGCCCAGAUGAUGAUCUGGUCAGCUGCGACAUGGACAUUAGCCUCCCCAUAACCCCGCUGAAGGUCUCUGUUUCAUUUGCUGAAUCCAGUCACAACACUGCAGCUGCAGGAUAUCGCACCAGCAACCUCCACAGGAGCCACUCAGAGCCACAGGAGGACGAGUGGUGUGGGACAUAACGGAGUAAAAGUUCUUGUAUAAGCACAGAUGGAGUUUAUAGUCACUCUCAACCUUGAGAUGCUGGAGAGCCUUAAACUAUAACUAUUUAUACCAACAAGAAAAAAGGAGUAUAGGCCUUAACUUUGUGGAGAGUUAUGGGUCGCUGAAUGUUUGUCGCCCCCUGCAGGACUUUUUUUGAGAACUUCUACCCAUGUGACGUAACUUUUUUUACAGUAUCUUGACAUCAGACAACUGACAGAUUUAUCACAUGAGCAGAUUCAACUGUUCAAAGCUAACACUGGUGCAGCUCUUUACUGUGACUGGAGCUUCGCACUGAAUGAAGUCUUUAGCUCAUUGUUGUUUCAAUUAAGGGAUAUGUCUUGUUAUUUUCUAUAUUUUUCUUGUCAACAAAUCUCAUGAAAAUACCAAACACAAACUAUUCAUACAAAUAUUGUCGAUGUGGACAAACUAUAUACAAGUUAUUCCUCAUUGCAAUAUAUGUACAUUGUUGCCAAAAGCGAAAUCUAUUUGUGGCGUAUUUUUUAAGAUUUAUAUCUUCAGUCUGAAUUAAUGAGCUUUGGGCAGUGGGAGGAAAUGGAGACUUCGGAGAUUUGUGGGCAGUGGGAGGAAGUGGAGACCCAGUGUCUAUCUAUGCACAGUCUACGCAUCCCACAAACUUGACAUAAAAUUUUGAAAGCAUUUAUGUGUUGUUGGGUUUAGACUUCUCAUGGAACUUGUUGACAGUAAAAUAUAAAAUUUCAAUUUCAAUUUAUUUUAAUUUAAGGUAUGUUUGUUCUUGUAAUAACGCUUUAAUCUUAUUUAACUUAUUUUGUUGCAAAUUCAGAUGAUUUAGACAAAGAAAUGAACAUUUUAACUGUUGGAAGCCAAAAGAAUAAAACUUUCUACCUUCUUUUAAAGUUUGCCGGAAUGGGAAUUUAGGUUUUCAAAUUUCAGUUUUCAUAAAAAGCUUCAGAUAUGCAGCAACACGCCCCACCACACAGACAGACAACUGAAGCAGUAAAACGUCUGAUUUGUUUAUCACAUCAUAAAGAUAUAGUGCAAUAUGAGGAAGUAUGUUUGGGAAUGUUUACCAGUCAACAGUCAUUCUGCUCUUCUCAGUACCAUCACACAGAAACAACCAACAACGUAACAGCACAUAUUUAGGCUUAUUGCUAAAUUUCAA